CCGAGACACCACGGCCUCCCGUUCACCUCUGCCGCAGUUUCGCCAAAAUCCACGCCGUCCGAGUCUAUUAAACACUUUUCGAUUUCAUGGCGCGCCGCUUCCUCGCCCUCUCCGCCCUCGCGAUCGCCGCUGCCCGGCGCAGCGGCGAUCACGGCGUCCGCGUGCACGCAGCCGAGAAGGCGGCGGCAGCGAGCGCGGAGCUGGAGGAGGCGAAGCUCGCAGGCGUCUACGACUAUCACUUUGCGGAGGAGUAUGUGGAUACCUGGAUCAAGGGGAAUUCCUACAAGGUGGCGAAGAAGGAAGUCGAGGAUGAGGUGGAAAGCCUCCGGAAGGGCCGCAUCAACACUCCGGCGCAGAACGCCCGGCUGGUGCAAAAGAUGUGGCUCAUGGCGGUGCAAGCCUUGAUCUCGGAGGUGAAGUUCAACUGCGAGAAUCUCUGCGUGAUGUGCGAGCCGGACUCGGAAGCCCUCGAGACCGACGUGCUGAAGUCCUUCUGGGUGACCCGUGCCAAGAGCGCCACGGACAUCGCGAAGGCCACGCUCAUCGCCCCGGUGGAUGCGGCCGCCGGCGUGGUCACCGGCGCGGUGGCCGGUUUGAUCGGGGCCUUCACCACGGGCAUCCUGGGCGGCGUCAUGGCGGGCGCCUACUUCCAGGGCGGCGUCGGGGGCUUUCUGGCAGGCACGACCACCUUCGUGGUGACCACGCCCUUCGUGCUGGCCAUCGCGGAAGUCUUCCUGCCGGUGCUGGGGCUCUUCUACGGUGUCGGGCUUACGCAGGCCUUCACCAGCUGCGGGCGUGUGGGCUUCGAAGCCUUUGUGCAGGGCUUCAAGAAGAGCAAUGCGUCCUACGAGAGUGUGGCUAUGAAUCCAGUCUAUGGGAUGAAGCUUCUGCGCAACGAGAUGAACUACAGCAAGGACUGGUUCGAGGCGCACGCGACAGCUGCAGCCAUGGCGGAGGUGCCAGCAGCGGAGAAGGCGGACUACAAGGCCAUCUCCCACUGCGAGUUUAUGAGGCUGGAACCCUUUGAUGUGCGCCACACGGCGGAGUGCAUGAAGCACUCUGGGCUCUGCGGGGGGAAGCGGGGGAUGGUGCUGCCAGUGAAGAGCGAAGAGCAGUGCCGCGCCGCCUCGCAGACGCCCUUCGUCGAGCCGGACAACGAUGGGGCCGUGAACAUGUGGGAGGAAGCCAAGAGGAAGGCCCUUUGCAUGAAGAAGCUCUGCCAGUACGGGGGCUACAAGAAGGCGUCUCUCAAGGCCCACCCAGACCGCACCAUGGCUCUCGAGGCGGAGGAGCGCCAGGCCUUGGAGGAGGACUUCAAGUUCCUGGUGAACUGCAAGGACGACUUCAAGACCCCCGACGGCCGGGAGCUCACCCUCAACGCCGCCGAGGAACGCGCGGAGCUCUGCUGAGCGGUUUUUGCGAAAACCGCGCACGCGCGCAGGUUUUAAAGGCCGCGUGCGAGGUCAAGCUCGCCUGGUGGUGUGGCUUGGUUUCGGGGGUUUACCUCAUUUGGGGGGACCUCGUUCA